AUGCAGAUUGGUCAACUAUCUGCCACUCAUGUGCAACCGCAGCAGCAACCAGUGGCACCAUGGGAGCUUUUGACGGCACCUCAGCCUCAGGCCGAAAACGAGAUGCCAUCUGAGACGGGGACAGACUUUCUCGGAACUAUGCAGGUCAAUCAAGAUGGGACACGAUAUGUCAAUCCAACCCAUUGGCAAGCGGUCUUGAGCGAGCUCGCGGAAGUGAAAGAAUACCUCCAGUUGACCGAGGACACGUCGCCAGAAGAGGAAGAUGACGAGAUUUCCUCUAUGCCCGACAUUUCCGGACCGGUCCUGCUGUUCGGAAAUGCAAUUUCCACAUCCAAGGAUGAUCUGCUCUCUGCACUUCCCACCAGACCCGUUGCAGACCGAAUAGUUUCUUCCUAUUUAAACUCGAAAGAGUCUACAUUAGUUAUCACGCACAUCCCUACAUUUACAAAAGAAUACGCCGCGUUCUGGAAGAAUCCUGAAGGAGCCUCAAUCGGAUGGCUAGCAUAUCUCUUUAGCAUCCUUUGCGCAGGUACAGGUCUGCAGCUCUUCUCCACAUCUGGUCGAGCCGAUGGAGAUCUCGCAGAAACAUUUGCAGAGUACCACAGGAUAGCGUCACAAUGCCUGACAAUAUCAAACUAUACAUCGCCUGGUCGGUACAAAAUGGAGGCGGUGGGGUUAAGCGUCGCCAUGGAGAUCCUGAGAAGCACCGACAACCAUGUUGGCCCCUCCAUUUUACUUGGAUUGGCAACUCGACUUGCCAUGCAUAGCGGCUACCAUCGAGACUCCAAAUACUACCGCGAGAUAUCAGUGUUUGAUGGCGAGAUGCGUCGUCGCGUCUGGAUGUAUCUUCGCCUGCUCGAUCAUUACAUCUCUCUCCAGGCAGGUCUAUCACCGACAACAGCACAGACACAAUCCGACACAGAGGAGCCCCGAAAUCUGAUGGACGAAGAUCUGGAUCCGUCAAUGACAGUCCUGCCGCCUUCCAGGCCACCAACAGAGAGAACGCCCAUCCUAUUUCCGGUUGUGUUGAACCGAAUCAUGUUUGUCGACGCCGAAAUUAUGCGGAGAGUCUGCUCGGUCAAGGGAGUUCUUUACCAGGAAGUCAUACAGCUGGAUGCAAAAUUGAAAGAACUCCGUACAGGGAUUCCCCCGCCCCUCAAGUUUCGCACAUUGAGCGAAUCCAUCGCCGAUUCUCCGAACACGAUCAUGGACCGCUACAAUAUCGACCUCAUGUACCAGAAGGCGCGUUGUGACCUUCAUCGACGAUACUUGGCACAACAUCGCAUGGACUCAACCUACGCGUAUUCCAGAAAAGAAUGCUUAGACGCUGCGAGAACCGUGCUUCAGCAUCAGUCGGACAUAUUCGAAGCGAGUUCCAUAGGAGCGCAGCUGGGAUAUACCUCGUUUUUCUUCUCGCCGAUUGUGGCUGUUCAUUUCCGAUCCGCUGCGAUGGUCGUCUCAUUGGAAAUCUCAUGCCAGUCUCGCUAUGACUUGAGGCAACAACUGUCUCCUGGUGAUAGGCAAACGAUUCUUAUGGAGCGACAAAAGCUCUCACAAGAGAUCGAGAGGGCUUAUAACAUCUGGAGCCAGCUACGUCAUCAAUCUAAAGAAGCCUCGAAAACAGCUGAGGCUCUGAAAAUCAUGCUUAAAGUCACAAAUACCCACCUGCAACAUGGCGAGACGCCGGAGCAGAUACAAACCACCAGUCCCAAUCUGCAACAUCAAGGUGUCCUCGAAGUCCCUACAAUUUCCGCGGCACCGUCGUUGCAGGGGGCACAACUGAGCAGUCAAAAUGAAUACAGUCCCUUGGAUGUGGACUUGAUGGACGCUUCGUUCUAUCUCGGCCAAGACGCAACUUCGCAGCCCACGGAGAAGUUCUUCGCCAGAUCAGCAGGAAUCGUGGACUUCUACGAUCGGUAUUGGGAUAAUCUCAUGCUGCUAGGAGACGAGCAGCCGCCAGCCAACAUUCAGCAACAACUUUUCCCUGAUGGAAGCUUUCCCUAG